AUGGGAAAUACAAAAAGAACCAAAAGCAAUGCAUUGAAGUGGAAAUUCUUAUCAGUUUAUCCUCAAGGAUCAAAAUGCAUAGAUUCGUCUAUUCAGUCAGUAGGACCAAUCAUAAUCAACAAAGAAAAAAAUCUCAAGUGUUCCCGGAACCAAUAUAUCAAACAGCACAAUAAUCAUAAUAAAAAUCUACCUACAAAGCUAGAUGAAUUAGAAAGCAAGUUAUUGAGGCAUCCUUUACUAUUAUUUCCUUACUUGCUUCAGUACUUACCUCUUUCUGUUUCGAAGACAGUAAUUGAUUUGUUAGAUCGGCCACAUAAAGAAAAAUUGAUAGAUUUGGUUAAAAUAGCAAAACAUCAGAAUAUUCAUGAAAAUGUUCAUAAUAAAACAGGAAUAAAGUUAUCUAAACAAUCAAAUGGUGGUUUAUUAAGUGAUAGUAAGUUACAAUCUUCAGUUAGCUCAAUUCAAUCAAACGUUGAAAAUGAAGAUUCCAUUGAACCAGAAAUGUUCAUAGAAUACCCAUCAAUCAAGGAAGAAACAUUAGCAUUUUGUGAAUUUAUUAAGAAUUUGGAUGGUUCAUCAAUCGACAAUCCGGAACCGACAACACUAGCAAGUUUAUUUGCUGGAACACAUGAAGCUCAACCCCCAGUAUCAACACCAAUUAAUGUUGUUGAAUUGAUUAAUUUACCAUAUGAAUUAAGACACUCUAUUAAAGAACCACCCAAAUUACUCUGUGAUAAGCAUUCUUUGACUGAUUCAGAGAGUUUACCGCGUAUAACUAAGUCAAAUGCGGCUAAAAGGCAAGAAAAGAAUUUUGAAAGAUUACAUUAUGGUGCAUGGUAUAUUCCACCGAAACAAUGGAAAGUUAUCAAAGAUAAUGGUGCGAACACGAUGUACAAUAAAAGUGAAUUUGAAAAUGUUAAAACCCAAUCAUAUAAGGGACAAGUAGAAAGCUUGAAUGGGAAAAUGAAAGAGACACAUGGAUACGAUGCUUUUAUGGAAUUUAUACAAAAUAAAAAUAAACGUAUACCUAAGUUUAUGAAAUUGCAAUAA